CUCCGAGCUCAGUUAUAGAUCUAUACCCAACCACAACUUCCUCCAUACAAGGUGCCUUCUUUAAGACGAGAUUCUAUGGUCGAAGCCAUUACAUGAAUUAUGUACCUCAGGUAGGAAAAAUAUCCGUUUUAUGUCACCUCGCAAGCCUUGCUAAUUCAACCCAGUCCUCUGAGGUCUUAGCCGUCAUUCAGGCCCAUGAGGCCAAUGCAAUGAAGCAUGGUUGCGCGACCCUUGCGCGUUGCAAAGAGAUAGGCAAUACAAUGAAGGCCCAAGAUUUAGCAGCCGCUCAAGCCUUGAGGUCUCUCACAGAUAUCAUGCCAGCACGCGAGGUAUUUGAUAAGCUCGUCCAAGCAUACCUUCGCACAUUCCGAACCGUUCUAGGAAUAUUGCACGUUCCCUCAUUUUGCCAAGAAUAUAAUACAUUCUGGUGCGAUCCUGAAUCCGCGAGUAAAGAGUUUGUCAAUACUCUACUCUUAGUUAUGUGCAUUGGCUCGACUUUCAGCUCGAAAGAAAGUGGGGUCUCAAGAGAGCUGAUUCUUCAAUGCAUGCAUAUCGUCUCGACAUGGCUAAGCUCUCCAGGAUCAAGGCUAGUGGGAAGUCUAGAUCGUCUCCGCAUACAAUGCUUAUUCUUCCUAGCCUGUCAGGCGAGGUCUGUUAAGUUCAACAUCUUAGAGGGUAAUCUUCUCAAGACAGCCAUGCAGUUAGGCCUCCAUAUCGAUGCCGAGAAACAUUCUUUCCGCCCUAUGUCUGCUUCCGAUGUGGAAUCUAGACGCAGAUUGUGGGCCACGGUCUUGGAGUUGGAACUUCAAUCCAGCAUGGACUGCGGCACUCUGCUUUCUAUUGAUGGUGAUGAUUAUGACUGCGCUUCCUCGUUAAACAUCGACGAUGCAAGUCUGCAGACAAAGCAUUCAGUUUCCCCAAAACCCAUGGACCAGCUGACGCAAUCAUCGAUCCAGAUUCUGCUAAUGAGGACGAUGCCUACACGUUUGAGGAUAGCCCGCUUUAUCAAUAGCUUUCGAUCUGGAGACUCUUUUGAACAGGCCCUGUCUUUAAGCGCUAAUCUUUUGGCCGAGCUCAAAACUUGCACCUCUCUGAUCGAGGCAUACCGUAUGAGCAGUAGCCCACCUACGACUUUCCAAACAAAGCUCUUCGACCUUCUCGUCUAUCGACUCCUUCUCGGACUUCACCACCCUUUCGCAGUCAAGGCCAUGUCCAACCCUAUGUAUUAUUACUCACGCAAGCUAUGCCGUGAGACGGCUAUGUCUCUCCUUUCGCCGUCACUACAUUCCGGUGACGACGACUUCCACCAACUUCGCCUCCAGAGGGCAGGCCCUUUCCGUAACGUGUACAGGCAGUGUGCCCUCUACAUGUGUCGUGAGCUAAUGAAUCCCAUGGAAGUUGACACUCCAUUUUCCGCCGAUCCAGGAGGUAGAUUCAUCCAAGAAGAGGCGCGCAAGGCGGCAUGCAAGUACAUAGAGCUAGCGAGGCUCCGCAUAGAAGCUGGUGACAAAAGUAUCAAAUGUUACGUACUAGUCUCUGGUUUACUAGCGUGGGCAGACGCAACACAAGCCGGGCAACCGGUCGAGCCAGAGAUCUCAGCGGCGCUGAAAAGGAGCUUGGAAACGUGUCGUACGCUUCUCAGCUCGCAUAUACGGACUGUGUCGGAGCUGCAUGACAUGCAACUCACGUUGACUACUUCUAUUGAUGAGCAGUUCGACUGGUCGCAAUGGGACAGCUCGGUAGGUCAGAAUGCGACGGACUUGAGUCCACAAUCAUGGAUAAAUUUCUCGGAGCUGGGUUUAUAGGGAAAGUAGGUUUCGCGGAACAAUGAUUGAAGUAACAUCAAACUGGCGGAAUAAAGCAAUAUACUGUAUUAAGACCUCUAUCACACAGUCUCUCAGAUGCAGGCUUCGGCUCCGAUAUUUCCGAUAUAAUAUCGUUGAAUAUGAAUAAUAUAUCGGGCGAAAAAAUAUC